UCCACCGGAAACCAGGAAAUACAAGAAGUUGACGAACGUACAUUUUUUUGUCGCCAUCUCCCAGAGGAAGGAAACGCCUUAAAGAGCGGAGAAAACAUAUCAACAGUGUUUAUUUUUGCCAAAGAAGAUUCCCACUACCAUCCACCAUGGGAAAUUGGUUUUCAAGGUUUUCAAGGAAGGAGAUGCGUAUCCUCAUGGUGGGUCUGGAUGCCGCUGGAAAGACAACGAUUUUGUACAAGCUCAAACUCGGGGAUGUUGUCACCACCAUUCCCACAAUAGGUUUUAAUGUAGAGACUUUAGAGUACAGGAACAUCAGUUUCACAGUAUGGGAUGUCGGUGGUCAAGACAAAAUCCGACCACUGUGGCGUCAUUACUUCCAAAACACACAGGGGGUCAUCUUUGUUGUGGACAGCAAUGACAGGGAGCGAUGUGCAGAGGCCCGGGAAGAGCUCCUCAGAAUGCUGGCAGAGGACGAACUGCGCGAGGCUGUGCUAUUAGUCUUUGCCAACAAACAAGAUCUUCCAAAUGCCAUGUCUGCUGCAGAACUCACAGACCAGAUGGGUCUUCACACCAUACGACAUGGAUCAUGGUACAUCCAGGCAACCUGCGCCACCACUGGAGAUGGCCUCUUUGAAGGACUGAACUGGUUGGCUGCAAACCUUAAGAAAUAAUAAUUAUCACAGCCGUCUAAAACUUUUCUACCCCACUCCGUCUCUGUCCUUGCUCCUUACUCUUAAGGUGGUGCAAUAUUGAGCUACUAAAUUCAAAACACCCACUGGAGGCUUUCUCCUGCUGUUGUUACCACAAACAAGCCAGUGGUGGGGUUUAUCUAUUUUUGUAAAGCAGUUUUUUUUAUUAUGUGUAAUUGUAAAUAUUACUUGGCAGUGGGGAAGCUUAUUGCACACUUGUAAAUCCCCUUGUAGUUACUGUUCUCUUGGUUGUUGGGCAGCCAUGUGUGCCUCAGUGCUUCAAUGUAAUCGGACGACUUCUUACCCUGUGACGUGUACUGUAAAGCAUAAUCCAUGAGGUACUAUUAAUCGAAAGACUAAUUUAAAGGUCCAGUGUGUAAGAAUUAGUGACAUCUAAUGGUGAGACACCAAGUACAUCAGGAAACUACAGUAGCCUUUGCCGUUACUUCACGUAACAGCAAAAAUGUUCUUUAGUGUAGUAAGCUCCCUCCUCAAAUCUAAACCAAAGUAUUUUUAUUCUAAAGUAUUUAAACACUUCUACAGACAUGUGCCGUAUAUUCAGUUUCUAACAAUAAAUAAUCUGAAAUGUUGCUCACUGGACCUUUAAGUUCACACAGUGCACUACUUACUGCGAUUGUGGUUACUUGAACCAGUUACUACCUGUACCAGCUCCCCAGGUUGCCAUUUAGUCCACACUGGUAUAUUAUCUGCACUCUUUAACUAACAUUACUCUAUCCAAACUCCUUACUGCCAUGCUGGGUUUUUGUAUUUCUCAUUCUCAGGGUGAUAAUAUGCUGCCUUUGCAAUAUACUUGUUAAGCAAAACUCCAUGGGCUCAUAAAGGGUAUGUAUGUAUGUGUGUGUAUGUAUAUAUAUAUAUAUAUAUAUAUAUAUAU